UAAACAAUCUAAAUCUACUUCUUCCACCACUGACAUGGCGCUGUGCUCGCGGCACGCGCCAAACUCAGCCGCUCACCCCAAUAGUUAGCAGGUCAGGUGUUGGUUUACCAGAAAACUGUCAACAAAAGAACUGGUGUGCAGUCACUGGAAAUGGCCACGGGUCGAGUGUGGAAGUUAAAACGCUAUGGGCGCUUAGUGCCAGCGUCCAGAGAGAUAAGGAGAGAGCUUUGGAAGGUGUUUGAGGUAAAAAGAGAUAAACCUGAAAUUGUCCUCACAAUUGUGGAAUCAGGAUAUUUGCUGGUAUCGCAAGGGCAGGAAAGCUUGGAUACCAUCUUUUUGGUCACUGGCUCAGACUCUCUCAAAGUACACCAGAGAUCUGAUAACCUCAUGCUUCGACUUACUCUGGAGGGUGAGAGCCGCUUGAUAAGGAUGCAGUUUGAUGGACGUAGCAGGGCAGAAGCUAUAAAGGAGUGUUCAAGUGCUCUGGAAAAACUGAUGGAGUACGUGCCUGUCACCACUGAGGAUGACGCCCCACUGCCUUCAAAUCAGCCCCCCUCUGAGACGUCACGGGUAACAGCUAUGGGAGUUGAGCCUGAAGUAGUUCCAGGAUCAUUGUCCUUAAAGCGUCUUGCACAGCACUACUUGGGAGAGGCUGCUGUCACUCUGCCUCGAGCAUAUUACCAUGGUUCUCUGGAACAAGGUGACUUGGAACCCUUGCUACGUGUUUGUCUGCUGGAUCCCAGCUUUCCUGCAUUUGUGGAGAAGGUGGAGGAGGAACUGAAGAAACUGGUUCAAGAGUGAAGAUGCUUAACAGCAGCUGAAGACAGAAGUUUCAAGUCAGUGUAAUGUGUUUUUUCUUAUAUCAUUUGUGGUGUGGAUGGGGCAUUUCUUGCUGUGCUGCCGAUAUCUGAAAGGUUGUUAGACAGUUUUUCUUUAAAAAGCCAUGAAAUGUACAUGGUUAGAGAAAGAACUAGCAAAAGAAAAAAAUUCUGGUUUCAUUUUUAUACUUUUUAUUUGGAAAAAAACUAUUGGUCUCACUCAUAUGUUUGAUCGUGGCUAUAUACUCUGGUCCCUUUGUUUCCAUCUUAAUGCAGGUCCAACAGACAUAGAUACAUUGUACUGAAAGAGGAGUCAUGCAGCUACAGCAGUGAAUUUUGCUAUGCCAGCUUCCAAGUGAUCCCACAAUAUUAAAGCUUCACUGAGUAAAA